CACCAUAUAGUUCCUCCUUAAACCUUAAACGAAACACCAAAAACCUCUCUCUCAGUUUUGUCGAUCUCCAUGUUCGUUUAUACAAAAUCAAAUUGGGGUCUUGAAGAUUUGUGAUGAAUGAUGGCUUUCAGAAGCUCAAACACGAUUCGUGUUCUCUUGCGUGCGACCCAGAUUCAAGAAUCUUCGUAUCCUCUUGGAUGCUCAAGAAGCUACGGAACUGGUAUUUCAAAUGUGGCCGAACUUAAUAGCCGGAACAUGUACUCAAGCUUAUAUAAGGGCAAUGGAGCACUUCCUUGGACUUGUAGAAAUGCUAUGACGCUGCGUUCUGCAAUGGCUGUCGAGUUGCCAAUCUUCUUGAAUGAUAAAAGGUUGCUAUCCACACAAGUAAAAGCACCUGCCCAAGCAAGACAAAUGGGAGCACUUAGAGUUUCCAUGACAAGCCCAGGAUUUAUCUAUGAGCCUUAUGCACCUCGUGAAAAGGUUCCAUUUUUCCAGAGAUGGUUCACUAGAAGUGGCUGGAGAAGAACAAAAGAAGAUAUAAUUUUAGAGCUUAAAAGUGCUUAUGCUAUUAAUAAAUUAAGAAAGUCGGGAUAUUCAAAGAAUCUAUUCUACAAAGAAGCAAUCAAUGUAUACAAGGAGAUAAAUACUCUAUUGGCAACUGGAGACAAAAACACUUUAAGGAAAGCAGUUACGGAGAAAAUGUAUUCUGAACUAAAGAAUGAAAUAAAACAGAGAGAAUCCAUAUGGAGUAAGGUUUAUUGGGAAAUGGUGGAGCCAAUUGUAAAAAUACGCACCUUGCGAGCACGACUGAUUGGUGUUGAUCCAAAAGAUCUUGAAAAGGUGUUUAUACAGCUUACACUUGAGUUUCUGUCAAAGCAGAAGUUUGAAGCAUAUGACUCAAAGGGUUCUGUUGUUGCUGGAGAUAAAUCUAAGGAGGUUCUUGUCCGUGAUAUCUGGGUAUUUGAAAAGUCUCUCUUCCAUCCUAAAUCUUUCUGGCGUCUUUGUGGGAGGAUUACUCUCUAAGCAAGUUAUACUUCCCUAAAAGAUCUACCAUGUUGAUGAUAAAAUAAAUGCGUGUUGCCCAGUUUCGUCAACUGUUGAUAUGAUUGAUAUCUCAGUUUUGAUUUGAGUAUUUGGAUUCAAAUCUUAACCCAACUAGCACUUACAGCUUUCCCUUUAGAAAAAUCUAACAGUCAUUUUUGUACCAUUUGUGGAAAAAUCUAACAGUCAUUUUUGUACCAUUUGUCUGCAAUUCUUCAGAAAUCAUUGUUUUUGUUUUGGAAGCAGUACUGUUCAUUAUCCUCAGGUAUAUGCUAUGAUAGGUUUGUACAAGGGGAGUUCAUUUCAUUAAGUAAACCCUCUACAGUAGUUGAAAAUAA